AUGGGUAGCGCCGCCGAUGUUGCGCAGGUUUUGAAGGUCUACUGGGCGCUGCUGCUAGGAAACAUUUUGGAGUGGUAUGAGUUUGCCAUCUACAGCUUCUUGGAGCCAUACCUAGAAACCCAGUUCUUCCACGGUUCGGCUAUUUCAACUUGGCUGGGAUUCGCAUGCACCUUUGCGGCUCGACCAUUUGGCGGCAUUGUUCUUGGUCUUCUUGGAGAUCUCUUUGGUCGGAAAGUAUCGACAUUCCUUUCCAUUUGUGGAAUGGUUAUUGGCACUGUUGGCCAAGGACUUGUGCCCAGCUACCAAAGUGGCGAAGUCGCGGGGACCAUCGGACUUGUUUUGCUGGUGGCGCUGCGUCUCCUGCAAGGCAUCUGCACAGGAGGAGAGAUCGCAGCAGUCUCCACCUACAUCACUGAAGUUGGGCCGAAGAGAUCGCUGGCACGGUCGAUGGCUUUGAUAGGAAUCACGGCCAACGUCGGCUUCCUUCUGGCUCAAUGUGCUAGCUUCCUGACACGUGAGGCUGUAGGCUUGGCUGCUAUGGAGAGCUGGGCGUGGCGAAUUCCUUUCAUCAUUGCUUUGAUCCCGGGUGUAAUUGCCACUGCCGGAAGGCGUUGCAUUCCGGAGUCGCAGGUUUUCUUGGAUGCGAAGGCUGCUGCGGACACGACAUCGGACGUGUCCGACGUCGGGUCUGAGUCUGUCGAUGCCAAUUCGGGUGAUGCAGGCUCACAAGGUGCAGCAAGGCAGGCGGUGGCUCGCAUCAAGCACCUCGUGGCAUCUCAGUGGCCGGCGCUGCUGAUUGGAAUCGGCAGUGUGGCAGGAGUAUCUGUCUUGCAAUAUGGUGGUUUCCUUUGGGGCAAUGUGUUUCUGAAGAAGCAUGGCGCAUCACCCGACCACUUAAUAGCAGCCGGAGUUACAGCGCGCAUGUUAUCAGUAGUUCUUGCACCCCUGGUGGCGUGGCUUGCUGAUACAGUGGGAAUCGGUUGGAUUCAACUUAUUGGUGCAUCUGCGCUGACCCUCGCCGGCCUGCCACUAUUUCUUGUGCAAAAAUGGAUGCCCGACAGCAUUGGGGUAGUAUUGGCGGCCUAUGGAGUUGGCUAUGGAACCAUCUUUGCCCUGGUCGGAAUGAUUUUCUUCUUACUCGUGGUGGAGCUGUUUCCAGUGGAAGUACGGAAUGCUGGCGUGGGCUUAAGUUACAACAUUGGCUUCUGUUUUUUUGGAGGCUUUGCGCCCACUGUUUUCCAGGCAUCCCUUUCUUGGACUUCCUGGGGACCUGGCUGGUUGAUGUCCUUCGCAGGUCUUGUAUCGCUGGUGACAUUCGUCAUCAGCAUAUGGCUGCAAUCUGCUGGCAAGGCGCAGCUGCAACUGGCGCACAUCAGGCCGGAGCCAUACUUUGCCCUACCUGGUCGGACGACGGACUCGAAUCAGAUGCAUAGUGACACCGCAAAAGUUUGA